AUUAUGGAAUUUUUGCCCAAUGAUGCCAAAAACAUUCUGCCUACUGCAGCUUUAAUUACUAAUGGCAAAAGGCACACUAGGAAUGACAUUUUACAAUGUGUUUUUAGUUAUCUAACAGAUAUAAUUUUAAAUGAACUUAUUUAUGAGGUCUGAUCAGUGACAAAUAGGUCAGUGCAGGACAGGUAUGUGGUCAGAGGACUAUCUCUGCUCGGAGCAGACAGAGGCAGCUGCGUAGGUGAGGUCCACUGUAAUUUUCAAGGUAAUUUGUCCCUGAUGAAGCACCGUAGCCCUCCAAGAGGAGAAAACACUCGAGGAGUGUUAUGUGCAGCCAAUUCGUCGUCAGUACAAGCCCGCAAGACUCCAACCAGGCUGAGAGUGGGAGUGGGAGGGAGGACUCGGGAAGCAAAACAUGGCGAAAUAACAAGUUUGGCUGGUAGCCGCUUUCUGAUAUUGCAUCGUGUCUGUAGCGUUGGACUACAACUACAACUUUAUCAAAUUUGGACGCCGGAAGUACGAAGGCGACGCUUAACUUGAAAGAGUCGAGGGCCCCGGUUUACAAGUAUUACGGCGGUGGCUGGCGAGAAAAUAGUGCCUGCCCGUGUGCCUGUGCUUUCCCCGGAAGGUUGGCAGUGCUAGGCGCGACUGUCAACACAGAAAAUGGAUGAAGAAGGAAAGUUCAUACUGGAAAAGACUAAUUAGCCGACUAGUUUAGCUCCGCUAGCUAGCCAGUUAACGAUAGAUUGAUGUCACGCACCUGACUCGGUGUUCGGAUGAAACGUGCGCUCCGCUCCCGUCCAAAUUGAGGAAUAUUUAAGUCGUGUUAAGUUUGACAACUGCAGUCGUAAAGAAUCGUAUUUCAAACGAGGCUAUUAUUUUCAUGUUCCGGACUUGUCUUAAUACGUCUAUUUAAGGCAAAUUCUGACAGCCUGACAGUCGGUUCUGGUUCUGAUUCUGGUGCUGUGCGGACGGACCCGGACGCCAUCACAUCAGACGUUGCGUUCUCCUUCAAAACAACCAUUGCGCCGCUUAACCGUUAAUGUUAUUUUCUACAUCAACAGCCUCACAAGGAGUAUUUCAGCGGCACACCAGUCUUAUCUGGUAGCUUUUUCCCCGCGACAUCAUUUGAUCCCAUUUCACAUUAGCUGAAUGUUUUACAGCAGUAAAGACGCGGCGUCCUUGUCAAAAUGAACGCAGCAAGGUGUUCAACAACAGUGGAGGUGCAUCGCAUUGAAAAGCUGCCAGUUGUUAGAAUGGUGCCGAUGGCCGGCUAACGGUGACGUUACCAGUUUAUUGAAAUCUCUUAUUUGAAGUUAAAUGUGUUUUUGAUCAGAUUUUGUAACCGGCUUUUCUGUGAAACAACUGCAGAUAACAUUAUAGCUGUCGGCCGGAGUUGACGUGAGCUAGCCAGCUGGGUGCGUCUGUGGCAGCUCUAUCUGCGAUGUGUUUGCUAAUCUAAGAGCUACCGUGUUGUUCCGCAACAGUUUCAGCAUAUUGGACAGCCCGUUUUUACUAUAUUUAAUCUAUAUAUAAACCCUCUCAAGCUCGUUUUAGCAGCCACUUCAUAUUCCCCAAGUACUUCUUGUUAAAUAACUGGCUAACUUGGUAGCUAAGGUCCUAAGUUUUGCCAGCUAUGUCUGAAAACGCCCCACACGAAGCCUGGAUGACAUAGACCUCGCCGCUCUGAGGGAUCCAGCAGGAAUCUUUGAGCUGGUCGAGGUCGUUGGCAAUGGGACAUAUGGGCAGGUGUACAAGGGCCGUCACGUGAAGACGGGCCAGCUGGCCGCCAUCAAGGUGAUGGAUGUUACAGAGGAGGAAGAAGAGGAGAUCAAAGCUGAAAUCAACAUGCUGAAAAAAUACAGCCACCACCGCAACAUAGCCACGUACUACGGUGCCUUUGUCAAGAAGAGUCCGCCAGGACAUGAUGACCAACUUUGGCUGGUGAUGGAGUUCUGUGGGGCGGGAUCAGUGACUGAUCUGGUGAAAAACACUAAGGGCAGCUCUCUAAAGGAGGACUGGAUUGCCUACAUCUGCAGAGAGAUCCUAAGAGGCCUUUCUCACCUCCACGCCCAUAAAGUUAUCCACAGAGACAUCAAGGGCCAGAACGUGCUGCUAACAGAGAAUGCAGAGGUCAAACUUGUUGAUUUUGGGGUGAGCGCACAGUUGGACAGGACUGUUGGGCGUCGGAACACCUUCAUCGGCACACCUUACUGGAUGGCACCUGAGGUUAUUGCCUGUGAUGAGAACCCUGACUCCACCUAUGACUACAGGAGUGAUAUUUGGUCCUUGGGGAUCACCGCUAUUGAGAUGGCAGAGGGAGCUCCUCCCUUGUGUGACAUGCACCCGAUGAGAGCGCUCUUCCUGAUUCCCAGGAAUCCUCCUCCAAAACUUAAAUCCAAAAAAUGGUCCAAGAAAUUCAUUGACUUUAUAGAGGGCUGUCUCGUGAAGACAUACACCAGUCGACCAUCCACAGAGCAGCUUCUCAAGCACUCCUUCAUCAGGGACCAGCCCACUGAGCGCCAGGUCCGAAUUCAGCUCAAAGACCACAUUGACCGUACGCGCAAGAAAAGGGGAGAGAAAGAAGAAACAGAGUAUGAGUACAGUGGUAGUGAUGAAGAGGAUGAAAAUCGUGGAGAUGACCGAGAGUCAAGUUCAAUCCUCAAUGUGCCCGGUGAGUCUACCCUGAGGCGGGACUUCCAGCGUCUGCAGGUGGAGAACAAAGAGCGCUCGGAGGCUCACAAGAGGCAGCAGGCCCAGCUGGCUGCUCAGCGUCGGGACCCCGAGGACCACAAGAGGCAACUGUUGCACGACCGACAGAAACGCAUUGAAGAGCAGAAGGAACAGCGUCGCCGACUUGAAGAGCAACAGAGGAAAGAGCGAGAGAUGGUGAGGCAGCAAGAAAAGGGUCCCCAUCGGAGACUUGACGAUAUGAGAAGGGAGGAAGACAGAAGGUUGGCUGAGAGGGAGCAGGAGUUUAUCAGACAUAAGUUAGAAGAAGAGCAGCGGCAGUUAGAAAUCCUUCAGCAGCAGUUGCUUCAGGAGCAAGCACUGCUUAUGGAGUAUAAGCGCAAGCAGCUGGAGGAACAGCGUCAGUCAGAGCGCCUGCAGAGGCAGCUGCAGCAGGAGCAUGCCUACCUGGUGUCUCUGCAACAACAGCAGCAGGAAAAGAAGCCCCAGCUCUAUCACUAUAACAAAAACCUGGAGCCCAACAACAAGCCUACUUGGGCCCGUGAGGUGGAGGAGCGAAGUAAGCUCAACAGACAGGGCUCACCCAAAAUCUGCACCACUGUCUCUGACACUGCCAUCCAGUCGCGCUCUGACUCAAUCAGCCAAUCAGGAGUGGCCCAGUCAGCUCAGACCCCACCAAUGCAGAGGCCUGUUGAACCCCAAGGGGGGCAGGGAAAGUUCCAGAUGGCUCACUUGGUUCCUCUGAAGCCUUAUGCUGCCCCUGUCCCCCGCUCCCAGUCCCUCUGCGACCAGCCCACUAAGACCAUGUCCGCAUUCCCCACCCAGGAUCCCUCCCUUACCCCCACGCCCCGCCCCAUGCACUCCAGAGAGCUGGUGCGUCAAAACUCAGACCCCACUUCUGAAAUCCCGGCACCGCAGGCGCACCAAAUGGGAGAGGAUCGCGGCCCCUGGAUCCGCCUGCCAGAUGUGGAACUCCCACCCAAGAUUCCCCAGAGGACAGCGUCUAUUGCCACAGCUCUCAACACCAACCUGACCUCUGGCAUAAGGCAUCCAGUACGAGCCAGCAAUCCAGAUCUAAGCCGCAAUGAUCGCUGGGAGAGGGGUGACAGUAUGAGCAUCAUUUCCAAUCUGCCCCAGACUGGCUCUCUAGAGAGGCAUCGCAUCCUCAGUUCCUCCAAAAUGGAUUCACCCAUUCUCUCCCAUGAUAGUCGCCAUAAGCCAGGGGAGUCACGCACCUCCUCCCGCCCCGGGCGCCCUGCUAGUUACAAGAGAGCUAUAGGGGAGGAUCAUGGCCUGUUUGCCAAGGAGCGUGCCGAGGAGCAGCCAAGGCCUCCAGUUAAGGCCAAUGAUUACUCCUCCUCUUCAGAGAGCAGCGAGAGUAGUGAGGAGAGCGAGAGUGGCGAAGGAGCAGAGGAGGAAGAAAGCCCCACAGAUCGUCACAGGGACGCAGACACUGAUUCAGUCAACACCAUGGUGGUUCACGAAGAUGAAGGCGAGGGGGGAGAGGGAGAGCAAGCUGGAGGCUAUGGGGACCAGACCAUGCUGGUGCAGAGGACCCCAGAGAAGAGGAGCCAUAAUGGAUACACUAACUUGCCAGAUGUGGUGCAGCCCUCCCACUCCCCCACUGAUUCAGCCACUCACUCCUCCCCUGGGAAGGACUCUGUUUAUGAUUAUCAGUCCAGAGGUUUGGUUAAAGCAUCUGGCAAGUCCUCCUUCACCACCUUUGUGGAUCUGGGCAUGUACCAGUCCCCAGGAGGUACAGGGGAUAACAUGUCUAUUACUGGCUCCCGGUUUGAGCAGCUGAAGAUGGAGGUGAGGAAAGGAUCCAUGGUGAAUGUCAACCCCACCAACACACGCCCCCCCAAUGACACACCUGAGAUCCGCAAGUACAAGAAGAGAUUCAACUCUGAGAUCCUGUGUGCUGCACUCUGGGGAGUGAACCUGUUGGUGGGCACAGAGAACGGUUUGAAGCUGCUGGACCGUAGUGGUCAGGGCAAGGUUUACCCCCUCAUCAACUCCCGCAGGUUCCAACAGAUGGACGUCCUGGAGGGCCUCAACCUGCUUAUCACCAUAUCAGGCAAGAAGAAUAAGGUGCGUGUCUACUACCUGGCCUGGCUGAGGAACAAGAUCCUCCACAAUGACCCCGAGGUGGAGAAGAAGCAGGGCUGGACCACGGUGGGCGAGAUGGAGGGCUGUGUGCACUACAAAGUGGUGAAAUAUGAGAGGAUAAAGUUCCUGGUGAUUGCUUUGAAGAAUGCAGUGGAAGUGUAUGCUUGGGCGCCCAAACCUUAUCACAAAUUCAUGGCCUUCAAGUCUUUUGCAGACCUGCCCCACAGGCCUGUCCUGGUCGACCUGACAGUGGAGGAGGGUCAGAGGUUGAAGGUUAUCUACGGUUCUUGCGCUGGCUUCCAUGCCAUCGACGUGGACUCUGGAAACAACUAUGACAUUUACAUCCCCGUUCAUAUCCAGAGCCAUGUGACACCGCACGCCAUUGUGUUCCUGCCCAGCUCAGACGGCAUGGAGAUGCUGCUGUGCUACGAGGACGAGGGCGUCUAUGUCAACACCUACGGGCGCAUCAUCAAGGACGUGGUCCUGCAGUGGGGCGAGAUGCCCACAUCUGUUGCUCAUAUCUGCUCCAAUCAGAUCAUGGGAUGGGGAGAAAAGGCCAUUGAGAUCCGCUCUGUGGAGACCGGCCAUCUGGAUGGUGUCUUCAUGCACAAAAGAGCUCAGAGGCUCAAGUUCCUCUGUGAGAGAAAUGACAAGGUGUUCUUUGCGUCAGUGCGGUCUGGAGGCAGCAGCCAGGUGUACUUCAUGACGUUGAACAGAAACUGCAUCAUGAACUGGUGAAGGAACAGCCGCUCUGGUCAGUGUGUUGAACCCAGCAGGGUUCAGAGAAGGAAGUGAAAUUCUCACAAACGCAUGCACACAAACACACACUCCCGUUCUCUCCAGCUCUCGCUCUCUCUCACACACUCAUGCCCCAAAGACACACACUCAUAGAGAAACACACACAUAUACACAAACAAUCUUUCAAUCCAUUCCUGCCUACAUGUACACUCCUUAAGUCACAGUUUCUACAGAGGCCCCCUGAUCACACUCUCCCCGGAAGAAUCAUGAAAAAUCACUGAUGAGCUUCAAAUGUUAAUACCAUCUAUUGAUUUGUACUGUAAAUAUUCCUGUCUUGAUUUACUUUACUUGGUGGACCCGUGUUCUGUCGUAACUAUUUAGUUCCUAAUUGUGAAGUAUGUUAAAAACAUUCCUCGAUGGUUCUGCAGUACGUUUUUGAAGAAGGCAUUAUUUACCAAUACUGUAUGUUGAAAUGAAGCUGUAAAUAGGUAGCACCUUACACUUAGAUCUGAAUCAUUUGCAGGCCUCUUAUAUUAUAUAGCCUCCAUUCAGCGCGUUGCCACCAGACACAUGGACGUCAAAUAAUAAAAUGCUGGAACGCCCAUCUGCAGUGGCUUGUGGACCCCCAUUGGGGCUCCCACAGUUUCAGGGAGGUUUAACGGAAGGAUUUAGUACAAAAAAUAUUACAAAGGGACGUUAAAGGCAGGACAAAGUAGCUUGUUGAAGUAUUUUCAGUUCUGUAUAGUAGACAGUAACCUGAAGUCCGGCUUUCACUAACUUUCUUCUGGCCUGAAUGGCGAAUGAUGUUGCAACUCUUAAUCACAGCAAGUAAGCCUUGAAUGCAUCAAAAGCAAAAAUAGAUUUCAGGUGAAUAAAUGAUCGAACCAAUCAGAAGUCUCAUAAAUGUGCAGUACUCCGAAUCAGUAAUGUGAAAUCUCCUGCUUUGCCUUUUCUUUUUUCUAUGGUUUAGGUGAAGCCGUUCAUUAUUUGACUCAUCAGGCUUCUAUCUAAACUUUUUGUUUUCAUAGAUUUACAAAUUACAAAACUUUGUUAUUUAUAUGUAGUGAUUCUGUAUUGGUAUUAGGCUACUGGUAUUCUUAAUUUUACUGUAAUUAUAUUGCCAUUAUAUUGCAAUAUAUGCUAUUCUGUGGAGUCUUUGUUUGAAGAGGGGAGUUUGUGUAUUUGGCUGGUAGUGUUGGGGAGUCUGAUGACACCUCUGGAGGAGAGAGAGGGGACGGGAUAUUAUGUCAGUAAAGGAGGACGUUGUCACUGAGAUUAUAGUGAUUAAGGGAGAUCAUUUUCGUGGUCCUUUCACCCUCCUACCACAGUGAUCUACUCUACUGUAUUAUAUUUCAGUUCUUAGACUAUUUCGUUGGUGUGGAUUUUUUUUUGUGUUUGCAGAGAACAGCUUAGUGUGGUACAGUUCAUUAUUUGUCUUAGGCCAGUGGAAAAGAUUUAAUGUAGGGUGACUCUGCAAUACCACAGAGGACUCCAUCUCAUCAGGCACUUUGGAGAACACAUGAGACUUAAUAUAUUUUAUAUCUAUACAUUCUGCCAAAGUUCACAGCAUAUUCUGCAGCGGGGAGAUGAAUCACGGGCAAAGGGAAUAUUGCUUAAAUGGCGACUAUAACAGAUCACUAACCGAUGUUCCUUUCUGUAUAUACAUCCAAAAAGUCAGCUGCCUUUUCACUAAUAUUAUGGUGUCUUGCUUAAUUAGCUGCUUGGGAUUUCUUAUACACUGUGUUUGUUAGUAGUACAUACAGUAGUAGUUUUUCCACAUUUGUUUAUGGGAAUUAGCUGUCUGCUGCAUGAGGGAGAUACUGUGUGCUCUCAUACACCAGGCAGUACGGUAGAAGUGCGAGGUGGCGUUAUCAGGAAGUAGCUUUGUGAUUUUCCGUCAGCAGUGGGUAGGUCAACACAUGCUUUUUGUUCAGUGAUUCACACACUGUUACAACACCACUGUGCUUUCACAGCACUUUGGUAGCAACAGGUGGACAUUUUAAAGUCAAGUCACUCCUAUCAUGCAUCUUAUCAGCAUGGAGUUGUUGGGACAAGUUAGUUCUUCUGCUUAUAAAUAGAAGUUGACAUGUUAAUGUUAAAAGAAUGCAAAAUGUAAUUUAUUUGUGAAACUGCCAGUAUGAAACGCUUUUGGUUAUCAUGAAAGGAAUCUUGGCUAGUGAUCAAUAGGAUAGUCUGCUAAAAGCCACUAAGAAGAUAUAUUUCAUACAGG